AUGAGUCGCCUCAGUGAUGAUGCAGACUCCCAAGUCAUUGCAGCAUCUCCAUCCAGCAAAAACCACAAUAACCCCCCGACGCAAAAUCCCAUCUUGAAUCCAGCGAUUUCAAAGGAGCUCAUCAAUGCUACCCUCAAUUUCCUCUCAGCCUCUACCAAUGAGACCCUCCUUGGAGUCUUUGCGCUUCUUGCGCUCGUCAACUACAUUAUCCUGGGGAGAAUCGGUCUGCUUCUGAUUGGAGUAGCUGUGGGGGUUGUCCUGCACGCGUCCUGGGAGGGAUCGGAUGAUGAACACCCACACCAAACGUCGCACGCGCAAAAAUUUAACAGGCGUAGAGAACUUGCGCUGGAAGUCUCCAACAGGCUUUUGGACUGGCCAAAGCGGGCUGGUGCUUCAGGCGUCCAAGGGGAAUACGACGAUUUUAUAAGUACAAUUGAAGAUAUUUCCUCAGCAGACUUGGAAUAUGCGACCUUCCAACCGGCCACCGCUGUUGCGUUGAGAAUACUCACCGAUGCAGUCAUUAAUAACCAUGUCAACAGCCUAGCGAAUGUCUUGUCUGAGAAACAACAAAAGAAGAAACUUGGCAUGAUUGCGGAUGACAUACUGUCGAAUUUCUUGGAUGCCAAGGCAUACAAUUGUCCAGCUGUGCGGGACUUCCUCCGUGAGGUCUUUGCGGGAGUGAUCUUGGGGUCCACUGUUACCAGUCUUGCCCGCCCUGAAUUUAUCAAUGAAUGGAUUAUACAUCUCCUGCAGGGCGGCGAAUCCAAAAUCAUGCAUGCUAUCGACGCAGGCGUUGAAGGUGCGCGGAACCAGGGCAUCAGUGCUCCCAGGCCCUCAGAAGACUCAAAUGCGGAUUCAAUUAAAGCCACACAGAGAGAGUCUAUGCAUGUGGCAAAGGCUACAGAGGAAGAAGCGAUUCUAGAGGUGAAACGUCUAAGCGCUAUGAUUGCAUCCAAUGAUAUGCAGAGCCCAGAGUCAGAACGGCCACGCCAAAACGAACAAAAUGAUGAAAACUACACUUUGACAGCCGAUUUGGCUUCAAAGACGAACCAUGAAAACGAAUGCCACGAAGACCAGGGUCCAGUGCCCGAUGUGAAAUCACUUGCAAGCCCGAAAUUAUCCGAAGACUCUUCUGUGCCACCUUUGAUUCUUCAUGGGGCACAAGUGCUGGUAGAUGACGACGGAGCGAGGGAUGAAAAAGGACAAAUCAAGUCGCGACCAAUGUGGGAUUAUCUACUACAGAUCGAACCAGCGUCAGCACGCUCGACUGGAUGGAUGGUGUUUCGUAAAUAUUCGGACUUCCAGUCUCUUCACGAGAUGCUGGGCACUGUUUCACGAUUGAAUCAAAUUUCAAGUUUCUCGGAGCGUCACCCCACACUGCCCACCUGGAAAGGCAAAACACGACAAGCUCUUUCCCGUGAGCUUGAGCGGUAUUUACAAGAUGCCAUGAGGCAUGAGUCACUUGCCGACACUGAUCGAAUGCACCGAUUUUUGGAGAAAGACGCAGGUUCUUGCACUGAACCCGUCGGUCCUAACAAACCGGUAUUCUCUUUCCCUAGUCAAUCUGCGUUUGAAAACAUGGGCAAGGGUAUGCUGGGUGCAUUAGCCAAUGCGCCCAAGGGUGUGGCAGGGAGCGGUAAAGCCGUCUUUGAAGGAAUGACGGGGGUUUUCGGAGGCACCGCCAAUAGCAAGAAAUCAGCCGUCACUACUGAUCAGGUUCAACCUAAAGCUGAUAAAUCCAGUCGCACCAGUUUUUCGCAGGCACUGUUUAGCUUUGGUGAUCGUACCGGGGUAAGCAACAAAAACGUUCAGUCGUCUGUGGUGUACCCUAGGGACUCCUUGGAAAUCCAAGGAGAUGGAAUUUCCAAGUCAUCUUCGAUCGACAGUACCAGAGAGUCCUUUGGGAAUGAGCAAGUUGCAUGGAACACCGAGAUCUCACCCUCUAAAACCUCGCUUGAUAUCAGUGAUCACAUUACAGAACCUGACAUCCAAACAACGGAAGAUAUUGAUCAAACCUCAUCACAUCGCCGAUCAGAGACUGGGCAGAGUAUUGAUCAACCCCACAAGCAGGGGAAUCCCAUCACAGCCGAUGAGACGCAGAUAGCAGUAGAGCUGAUCUUUGCGGUUAUCAAUGAGUUGUACACCUUGUCAUCUGCGUGGAACAUACGCCGGACCCUUUUGAAUGCUGCCAAAUCGUAUAUCCUACGUCCCGGAAGCCCGACAUUGGAAACUGUUCGUACUCUGUUGCAAGAUUCCAUGAUAGAAGGCCACACUUCAGACGACGCCCUAGGGGGUUACCUUGUCAAACUUCGUGAGAAUGCGCUUCCAACAGAGGAGGAACGUAAAGUCCGGCCACCUCCACCCAGUGAGGAGGAGAAGAUCCGGUUACGGGAUACUGCACGUAGACUAUUUGUGCAGCGAGGAAUCCCACAAGCUUUAACAAGUGUCAUGGGAGCGGCUGCUAGUCGAGAAGCGCUAGAGAAGAUCUUUGAUAGUCUUCAAGUUGAGAGUGUCGCUCGAGGAUUUGUCUUCUCGAUUCUACUACAGGGCCUUAGGGUUCCCGAGAUCAUCUCAGCCAUGCCUACUAGGAAACGUUCAUCUGAGUUAGGCGAUCAGCUUGACAAUAGCUUUCGCCCCAAAAAGGCCAAGGUCAACACCAGCCCGGAAGCCAAAACCGACUCUAAUGGAGACCGCUACUGGGAGAUAUCUAAGAUGCGUCGUGUGACCAUAUCUUCUUUCCGUGGAAAAACUCAGGUGAAUGUCCGAGAGUAUUAUGAAAAGAACGGACAGGAGUUGCCAGGGAAAAAGGGUAUCUCAAUGCCCGUGGAUCAAUUUGCUGCCAUCAUCUCCAUUCUACCUGAGAUCGAGCAGGAACUAAAAGGAAACGGGGAAACUCUGCCUCGGCCUAUCUACUCCGCAGAGGGAUACCAAUCUGAUCAAGAAGAGCAAGGAGAGGCUCAUUCGGAAAACCAAAGUAACCCAAAGCAGAAUAUCGAAGCGACAAGUGAUGAGGAGAGUGAAGCAUAA